UUGAGUGUCACAAGAAGGAUUUGUGUCCGUUCUAUAGAAGAAGAAGUGGACCUUGGACCACUAAGGAGGAGAAGCACAGAGGGAUUUUCUAGACUCUGCAACUGAUCUUUGGGGAGUUUCCAAACGUCCCUUUCUCGGCGCCAGGUCACCAUCGUCCUUGGGUGACUUCUGCCUUUUAUACUGUGUGUCAUAGGUUUGAAUGCGAUUCACCUGGCCAUGCUGAUCAACAGUAUGCCCUGCCUUCGGCUAAUGAUCGCUGCUGGUGCUGACGUCAAUGCUCAGGAACAGACGUCCGGGCGCACUGCCCUGCAUCUGGCUGUUGAACAAGAGAACGUCUCUUUGGCCGGCUGCCUCUUGUUGGAGGGCGAUGCCUUCGUGGACAGCACAACCUACGAUGGAACCACCCCCCUACACAUUGCUGCUGGACGAGGAUCCACCAAGCUAGCAGCUCUCCUCAAAGCAGCAGGCGCAGACCCUCUUUUGGAGAACUUUGAACCUCUGUAUGACUUGGAUGAUGUCUGGGAUCAGGAUGGAGAAGAUGAGGGAGUAGUUCCUGGGACUACACCUCUGGAUAUGGCGGCUAACUCACAG